AUGGUGGUAGUAUCUGAAGUUGGAAAUGGUAUGGUGUUGUGCUCACCCCAGAUGCAACGCGAGCAGCGACUUGAAGCAACUUCCCGUCGCUUUCCAAUACCCCCUGCAGCGAAAUACGCGGCGUAUGAUCAUUCUGACAAAGACACAAAAAUAAACGCUACAACUACACAAAAUAUCGCACACGCAGACUGCUCUGUACUGAACUCGAGACUAAAUAACCACACGUUUGCCAGGCAAAAAAUGUUUGCGAACUAUAAGACAAAUACCAGCUCAAAUGCUACAGCAAGUAAAGUUAUUCAGCGCCGCAUCGAGAAAGGCCCCUUAAUGACCUGUCCCAAUACACCAAAUCAAAUUUAUCGUCAUACUCAAGUCAUUCUUCCUGCAGAUAAAACCUCUUCGAGAAAAGCAAGAAUGUCUUCUUUGCUUCGCCUGGAAGAAUCCAACCAAAAGGAUGUAUCAGCGAAGAUAAAUAAUAACUCCAUCAACGGAGCAACGCAAAGGGGCACUCGGCGAAUUUUUGUCCAAAAAGAAAUCACCUCAGUGAUGAUGGCGGCAAAACCACACAAUCCUUCUAAGCCCCCUAUGGAAGACUGCACAGAUGCCCCGACCGAAAUUUGUAAACCGGCGAAGAGCGCCAACAACAAGGACAUCAAAGCGGCUAUUCAGACACCCCAUACUCCGUCUUUACAAAACAUUCAGGAUUUAAAAAUCAUGGAAGGGACCGCGGGAAAGGACGUGGCGGUGGUAAUCCCAACCCAAAACUCUAACGACAAGGUUCACAGCGAUAAGACUACAAACCGCGUAAAUGCUGAGCCCGAAGACCGCCAUGUGCCUAUCAUCCCACGCAACCAUUCGGUUUCACUCGUCAACCAAACCACAAAGCCCUCCAAAGGAAUUCCCACAUAUUCUUUACGGCGAAACCAAGCAGAAUCGGUGACUCCGUCGUCUAAGGCCACCUCAAGCCGACGUCGACAAUCGAUGUUGAAUACCAUUCCCCAUUACUCCGUCCAGUAUCGUGGCGUUUUAAGAAGCGCUCGGUGGAACGAUUUAAAGCGGAAACCGACAGGGGAAAAGACAAGGAAUGAUGAGGUCAUACCGCAGGAACCUUCUUUAUCCCAGGAGGCCUCGGACACCGGGAAGAAUACCACGCGCCCAUCACUGUUUUCGACACUAAAAUUGAAUUCCAUCCCAAAUAUGUCAAAUCUUGUGAAAACCGACUUUUGCGAAACGCAGUGCCCGAUCCCAACCCAUCAGCUGGAAAAGUUAAAACGCAAGUCAAAGCAGCGCAAGACGAUGGUGGUGUUCUUGAGCAAGUACACGGCUAUUCGAACAAUCGGGAAUGAGAUGGGCUUUGCUGUGAAGGAAAGUGAGAACGACUUGGAUGAAUUUAAGUUUAACCUGUGCUGGAGUGAUACGGUACUGAACCUCUCACGUCUUGUGCGGCUUGGCAACUGGCAGCGCUCGAACCACUUUCCAUCGAUGUUUUUGUUAUGUCAAAAGUCACACCUGAGCACGACGCUCGGUCUUAUGCGGCAAAAAUUGCCAAACCACUUUCAAUUCAUCCCGAGCACCUGGUCCUUCCCUGCGGACCGGUGCAGCUUUUACCAUUACUUCAGCAGCCUCAUGCAGCGGGGGAUCUCGAGGUAUUUUAUCGCCAAACCCAGUGUCGGCUCUCAAGGUCGCGGGAUCAUUGUCACCAAUGAUCCUUUGAACGAUGUAGAGAACACAACGAACUAUGUCGUGCAGGAAUACAUUCAAAGCCCUCUGCUCUUUGAAAAGCGAAAGUUUGAUCUCCGGGUGUAUGUGCUUCUCAUAGGCAUUCGAGAGCCUUCAAUUUUUAUGUUUAAUGAUGGUUUGGUGCGCAUAUGCACGGAAGAAUAUGAACCACCAACUGCCGCGAACUCUAAAGACUCGUUCAAGCACCUGACAAAUUACGCAAUAAAUAAGCGCAACGUAAAUUUUGUGUUCAACACUGAUGUCUCUAAGGGGGACGUAGGAAACAAGCGCAACUUCAAGUUCAUGAACAGUUGGCUAGAAAGCCAAGGAUACUCGACAUCUGAUUUCUGGGACCGUGUGGGAUCCCUUGUGGUCAAAACCAUAAUGUCCGCACAGCCAAAGAUUUGCAGAGUGUACAAUGCUUGUUUUCCUGCCUACAAUGAAGGCUACACCUGCUUUGAGGUACUGGGGUUCGAUGUAUUGGUGGACUCCAAGCUAAAAGUGUGGCUGUUGGAGGUCAACCACACGCCAUCCUUCGCUACGGACACCCCACUCGAUCUGGAUAUCAAAAGCAGACUUCUGCGGGAAGUUUUGGAUAUUGUGGACUGCAGCGCGACCGACCAUGAACACGACCGACGCCGUGAGCGCGAAGAAUUUACUUACCGCAAUAUGUCACCAUGGAUUAAGAACCAAACUUAUCACUCUCAGUGGAGUUACGCUUUGGACUUACUUCGCCAGAACGAAAAUGAUGGAAAUAACGAAAGCAAAAAUGUUGAAGCGUCUUCACCUAGUGUAAAGUCGAUCUUCCAACGACAGGACAAGGAUAAUCUUGGCACCUCGACUUUCCAUUCUGUUAGGUAUAAUUCGGAAAACGAUUUGGAGCUGUUUACCGAACUUGUUCAACUGCACAGAAAGAAAGAAGAUUCAAAGUUGGUUAACUUCAAGCGUAUCUACCCCUCAUCCGAUCCUGAUAUUCAGAAUGUCUAUGACACCAUACGCACGGUGGCAGCGGCAACCCUUACUAUGAAUGUUACGAGUGCAAAUAAAUACAAUUCACACCGUGCCUAUGUGGCAUCGCAGGCAGCCAAACCCACACUCUCGAAACCAUUUAACGCCCAACACCCAUACGAACCACAACGUUUUAUGCUUAAUUCAAAUGAAGGAGAAGAGGCAAGUAACCACAGCCCCAACGAAAGCAUAUCAACUCCCCAAGUCAUCACUAACCACACAACUACUACAUUUAUGGACACCCAAACAAUGCCCCCAAAGGCUAUGCCGUAUAAUAAAGAAGCAAUUCAACAAGAGGAGAAUAACACACUGUUAGAAAACCCCCAAACAAGUGCACCGACGCCAUACCAACUCAUUGAAAAGCACCUUUCUGCUGAACCAGAGCACAUCGAAAUCGAGAAUGAAUAUACAAACGAAUGCAAUACGAAUGGUUUAGAUAAUAAUAUUAUUUCCACUGACAACAUUCCAACAUCCACAGGUGCAGAUGUCAAUGCCCUGCAUGUCCCGCCUCCAGACUUGCCGAAUAUUAACACAACAAAGACAGUUAACCUCGAUCCUAUACUUCAUUUGGAUGACAGCUUCAGUUCUUUAUGCCUCGAACAAGAAUUGGUACCCAGUGAAGAUGUAUUUAUCCUAAACAAAGACGCAUCCUCUAUUCGGGAAGCUUUGGACUUAGUACCUUCUCAGUUUAUGCGUCCAUGCUCUUUGGCUGACGAAGUGCACAUCAGUGAUUACGUAACCUCGCAGAGCAGCGCCAGACGAUGCACUUCGGAAGAGCAGAUCAACUGCGAAAAAUCAUCAGUACACUUGCCAGAACAAGAGCCGAGCGUGAGGGCGCUCUAUGAACUAAAUACCCUUCAGUCGCCGCUUAAUGAUGAUGAUCCGAAAGCUCAUACCAAAUGCGAGAACUUAGAUCUGGGUGAUUGA